AUGGCACUCAAGAGUCUUAGCAGUUUGGAGGAUGAGGAUCAUGAAGAUGAUGAUAUCCUCAGUGUAGUUUUAAAGACGCAGAGGAGAAAAAACGCUUUCAAAUAUUUCAUCACUUCAAGCUCACCAGCUUCAAGAGUUCAAAACUUGAUUGCUACCUUAUAUCACGACUCAGCUCACGACUUUGACUUUCUUAUCGAACGUCACAAAGACGUCAUCACAACAGACAUCUUCACAAAAGGACUCAUAGACAUUCUGAAGCAAGCCCUUGCACAGAGAAAAACGCUUGCAAUCCAGAGAUCAGAUUACAUGUGUCACAAAGACCUUUUCUCGUGCGAGUACACCUUGAAGCAGGUUUCCAAGCUUCAUCGAAGAGCUAUAUUUGAACUUGGUUACGACAAAGAAACAAUUGAAAAGGCUGUUCCAAGGAACGAGCCUGUGAAACUCAUAUCUGUAGCUAUUUACAAAGCGUGGAAACUCUAUUCAUGUCGCGAUUCUCUAGUACUUGUCGUGGUUGAGGAAGAGAAUCAAAACCAAAUCGAUCAGAGGCAUGUGGAGUAUGGACUGGAAAACCUAGGAAUUCCCGUGGACCAAAUUGAACGGAAGACUCUGGCAGAGUGCAGCUAUUGGUAA